AUUGUCGCUUUUCGGUGCUGCCGCAAUGAAGUCUUUCAUCCUUGUGGCCCUCUGCUUGCUCUCGAUAAAGCUGGCGAGCGCGCAUCCAGCUGUUCCCUGUCAUGGCACUACCUACUUCGACUGUUACCAUUACUGCUACGGCAGCUGCCGCGGCCUCGAGUGCUUCCAUCGCUGUCAAAGCGGCUGUGGCUGCGAGGAGGCAUUCAUUGUGAGGAAUAAUGGCGCGUGCUGGAAGGUGGAGGUGUGCCAAGUCGGCGACGAUGAUGCGGACCCGGGGACGCUCAUGUCAGAAAACGUAGGAAGAAAGUCGAGCCGCCCAUGCUCUCAGAGGCGGGAUUGCCACCCGAGCCAAAGAAAGCUAAAAAUAAUUUUGUGCGUCAGAUGCCGUCGGAAUAUAACCUUGAAAUUGGCGAUGGUAACAAUUUUGCCGAUGGUAAUGCUAUUGGCGAUGAUGAUUACAAUGGUGACCCAAAUGGUGAUUUCAACGGCGAUUACAAUGGUAAUGAAUAUUAUUCAGAGUCAGUGAGAGACAUUGAUUCUGCUGGUUUUCCUGAGCUUAGUGAUGAUUAUAGCUAUUAAAGCAACUAUUUUCUUCAGAA